AUGGGCGCACCUGUCGGGGCUGGUUUGUUGCUGUUGCUCGUCGCCGUCGUGGACGUGCCGCAAAGCCUAGGAUUGAAGCCUGGACUUCGUGCCGUUGAUUUGGAAAGCAAGGAACCUGCGGUGGAAUCUGGGUUCUUCUCCAGAACUCUUAGCUGGAGAAAUUCAACAGUGGGCGGCCACCCAUGGCAGGUCUCCCUAAAGUUAGGCGAGCACCACUUCUGUGGAGGAAGCUUGAUUGAAGACGAUCAGGUGGUUACAGCAGCGCACUGCCUGGCUAGCCUCAAUGAGAAGCAACUUAAGGGUCUAACUGUGACUUCUGGAGAGUACAGCCUCCUUCAGAAAGAUAAGCAAGAACAGAAUAUUCCUGUCUCAGAAAUUAUUAUCCAUCCUGAGUACAACAGGCUUGGAUAUAUGAGUGCUGAUAUUGCACUGCUGUAUCUAAAACACAAAGUGAAGUUUGGAACUGCUGUUAAACCAAUCUGUCUUCCCAACAGAGAGGAUAAACUUAAAGCAGGGAUUCUUUGUAUGGCCAGUGGAUGGGGCAAGAUUUCAGAGAUGUCAGACUAUUCCAAUGUCCUACAGGAAGUGGAACUUACCGUCAUGGAUGACAGAACGUGUAAUACUGUGCUCAAGAGUAUGAACCUCCCUCCUCUGGAAAGGACCAUGAUGUGUGCUGUUUCUCCUGGUGGGGGAAUGGAUGCCUGCCAGCGUGACUCUGGAGGACCACUGGUGUGCAGAAGAGGUGGUGGAAUCUGGAGUCUUGCUGGGAUAACUUCCUGGGUAGCUGGUUGUGCUGGAGGUUCAGCUCCUCUAAGAUACCACCAUAGGAAGGCAUCGCUUGGCAUUUUCUCCAAGGUGUUGGAGUUGAUGGAUUUUAUCACUCAAAACAUGAUCAGAGAUUUGGAUCGGGGCAAACCCUUCUCAAGAAUGAGUCAAAGGAGUGUGACAAAGGGCCUGAGUUCUGCCCAAGGUGUGCGUGGAAGCCAGAGAGGAAAGGAUUACAAACCUCAGGGGACAAUGUUAUUUGCAGAAAGUGGGAAGAUUCAUUACCCCUAUUCCAAAGAAGACAACUAUUCUCCUAAUAGCUUAUGUACCUGGAAAAUAAUAGUACCACAAGAUAAAAUCAUCCUGAUAAAAUUUACAAAUUUAGACAUAGAAAAUCAAGUUGGGUGUGAUCAUGAUUUUGUAUCUUUACAAUCAAGCACUGGAAUGCUAAUUAGUAAGGUCUGUGGGGAUACACUGCCCUCACCAUUGCUGACAGAGACCAGUGAGGCCACAGGUACGUUUGUUUCUGAUACAGAAAACAGGGGCAGCGGAUUUGAGCUUACCUGUACUGCUGUACAGAAUUCAGAAGCAGGUUCAGGUUAUUGGAGUGUGGCUGUAUUGGCAGAAGAAGGGACAAUUCACUCUGCCAGUUGUCCUGACUCAUAUCCCUGCAGUGUACAGUGUCAUCGGUUCAUUCGUGCUCCAGAGAAACACGUUAUAAAGUUGACCUUUGAGGACUUUACUGUUGAAUUUAAUCCAAACCAUAUUUAUGAGGCGGUUGUGAUUUAUGGUGAUUCCAAAGAAGAACCUGAGUUAGCUAAACUUUGUGGAAUCUUGAACAUCACUCCGCUAUUCAGUCCUAAUAACAUGAUGCUGACACAUUUUACAAAUGAUGGUGAAAAUAAUAGAGGCUUCAAGGCUAGAAUCACCUUUUUGCUCUCAGACACUUCAAAUGAAAUUGAACUGACAUCACCUCCCAAAACCAAUCCUGUAUCUGCUGCAAAAGCUAUUCCAUAUGGUGUUUGUGGCAUUCCUCCAUUUAGUCCCCAGUGGCUUUCCAGAAGAAUUGCAGGAGGGGAAGAAGCCUGCCCCCACUGUUGGCCAUGGCAGGUGGGUCUAAGGUUUCUAGGAGAGCACCAGUGUGGAGGUGCCAUCAUUAGGCCAACUUGGAUUCUGACUGCAGCCCACUGUGUGCAAUCGAAAAAUAAUCCACUCUCUUGGACUAUUAUUGCUGGGGACCAUGAUAGAACCCUGAAGGAAUCAACUGAGCAGGUGAGAAGGGCCAAACGCAUAGUGGUGCAUGAAGACUUUAAUAUUCUGAGCUAUGACUCUGACAUCGCCCUCAUACAGCUGAGCUCUCCAUUGGAGUACAACUCAGCAGUGAGGCCGGUGUGUCUCCCACAUGGCCCAGAGCCUCUGUUUUCCUUGGAGAUCUGUGCUGUGACCGGAUGGGGAAGCAUCAGUAAAGAUGGUGGCCUAGCACGUCGCUUACAGCAAAUUCAAGUGUCUGUGUUAGAAAGAGAGGUCUGUGAACACACUUACUAUUCUGCUCACCCCGGAGAGAUCACAGAGAAGAUGAUCUGUGCUGGCUUUGCUGCAUCUGAAGGGAAAGAUUUCUGCCAGGGAGACUCUGGUGGUCCAUUGGUAUGUAGACGUGAAAGUGGUCCCUUUGUCCUGUAUGGCAUUGUCAGCUGGGGAACUGGCUGUGUCCUGCCAUGGAAGCCAGGUGUAUUUGCCAGGGUGAGGGUCUUCUUGGACUGGAUCCAAUCCAACAUCAAAGGUCCUGCUUCACUUCAGACAAAAAAUAAAAGCAAAACCUUAGAACCACAAUUACCACCACUCACACCUUCAGCAGACAGUGCAUCUGGGCCAGGUGUCUUGCUAAGUAAAGACUAUGGGUAUGACAUGACUAAGACUAGCAUCAGUAUCAACUCAGUUCUGACCAUUUAUGAAGAAAGCCACAGUGGGAGAAGGAUGGCAGGUAAAUUAUGUGGGAGAAGGGUUUACCUGAUGAUUUUCAUGAGCUCUGGACCACUGGUGAGGAUGACAUUUCAUUCCCUUGUACAAGGUGCUUUUGGCAUAAGCUAUAUUGUCUUCAAAGUCCAAGAUAUGUUUGGUCCAAAGGACAGUAAAAUAACCAGACCUUCCCAGAGUUCAAACCAAGAGCAUGUGGUCACUUUUGAGGAUGCUCUUCUGACCAAACCAGCCAAAGUCAUACAGAUCCCAAGAUAUUCUCAUGGAGCCACUGUAAAUUGCCAAUGAGGGUUAGUAGCCCCUUUAAAUCACAUCAUUCGCCUUUAUGUUAUCCACUUCCAGACGGAGCUAAGAACCUUAGCCUGA